UUUGCUCAACGGAUAAGCGACCAAAUAGCUUUCCGAAAUUGUAAGUAGUUGAGUAACACGUCGGGCACGGUGCACAACUCCCCCGCAGCCGAAAAAAAAAUAUAUAUAACAUUAUUUUAAAAGACGUUCUUGAUUAUCACUCCGCCCCUUGCUGAUCAGCUCCGCGUUUCGGCGUGAAAUUUAAAAAUAUUUUUUAUACACACUGAGCAAGGGAUUGAUGGUGGAAAUUUUCGCAAACAUUUGUGCGGGGAAUGUUUUUAUUUUAAAGUGCACAAACUCACCACUUAAUAAGCUUUUUAUUGUGUCUUAAAAAUUUUUGCAAAAGGUGCUAAGGUUAAAGAAAAGUGGUUAAAAAACACUUACUGAAGUUCAUUGCUGAAAAUUCAAUUUCGCCGAGUUGAAAGCUGCGGUACAUGCAAAAAUCAUUUUUUACACUCGGCUUUCACAUAAUGCGCCAACAGAUGCAAGUAGUCGAAUUUCCAUCAAACGGCAAAUGCAACAACCUGCUGGCCGGCAUCAGCGCCGUAGUCGGAGUCAUCGGCGGCGUAUGCUUGCUAACAUCGGCCACGAAGGCACUGAUUGACAAAAUCGGUGAAAGACGAAUUUUUAGGAGGGGAUCAAAAAACGAAAAUAACUGCAAUGUUUGUUCCGGCCAAAUCAAACAAGUUGAUUCCAACAGCUUUGUCACGUGUUACUUAUGCAACAGAAGAAUAUGUCGUGGUGCGAAUUGCUCGAUUUGGUUGGCGAAAUCGGGACAAUGGGAAUGCCAAUUAUGUAACUCCUCGAAGGAGUCGCUAGCACAUACUCAGUCUUGGGUUGCCGAGCAAAUGAGUUUCAAUCAUCAGAAGCUUGUUAGUCCUCUGAGAGCGCGAAGUGAAAUUUACAUACCGAUUGGCGAUUUUAAUGAAAGUUCCAUACAUUUUGAAAGUGUUAGCCAAGUGGGUAUGAAUCUUGAUGUCAUCCCCGCCGAGCAAAAGCUUAAAAUACGAGAGUAUGUGGAGGAAGUGGUGGCCAAGUUGUUGGGUGGUUCACUGGAUCAAAUACGCGUCAAUCAAUUGUCGAAAAGUGAGACUUACUUACAGCUCUUUGAGCGAUAUCACUCAAAACUGAGUAACAUUUUUAUCAACUUGGAAAAUGAGUUGAGCAAUAAAGCUCUUAAUGGAGGUGAGUUUGCUGGUAAAAGUUUUCCAAGAAGCUUUUUAAACCAGUUCUCUAUUAUAACUAUUUAAAGCGUAUUUCGAAUUUUGAUGCUUGC